AUGUCGGAUCCUAUCCAGGUUGCCGGGAAGAGAAAGCGUGCCAGGACGCAAUCCUGCCCGCCUCCCGAAUUGCCCCAGCUCGUUGCGGAACAGCACACUCCCAUCCCUGCUCAUGACAAGGAGACCCAGCGUCUGAUUGUCGUUCUCUCCCAUGCCAGCUUGGAAACCUACCGGGCUUCCAGCGGACGCAAUGGUUCCGGUCGUGAUGAGAAGUACUCCCUGCUCAACAGCGAUGAGCACAUUGGUGUCAUGCGUAAGAUGAACCGGGAUAUCAGUGAGGCUCGCCCGGAUAUCACACAUCAGUGCCUGCUCACCCUGCUCGACUCCCCCGUGAACAAGGCGGGUAAGCUGCAGAUCUUCAUCCACACUGCCAAGGGUGUCUUGAUCGAAGUGAACCCUAGCGUGCGCAUUCCUCGUACCUUCAAGCGAUUCGCUGGUUUGAUGGUGCAGCUGCUGCACCGCCUCUCCAUCCGUUCCACCAACUCCCAGGAGAAGCUCCUGAAGGUCAUCAAGAACCCCAUCACCGACCACCUUCCCCCCAACUGCCGCAAGGUGACCCUCAGUUUCGAAGCCCCCGUGGUGCGCACUCGCGACUACAUCGAAUCGCUGGGCCCCAAGGAGAGCGUCUGUAUCUUCGUGGGUGCCAUGGCCAAGGGACACGAUGACUUUGCCGACUCCUUCAAGGACGACACGAUUUCCAUCAGUAACUACAGCUUGAGUGCCAGUGUCGCAUGCAGCAAGUUCUGCCAUGCCGCCGAGGAGGUGUGGGACAUUGUCUGA